AUGAAAGAUUCUCCUACCGCAAAUGUCUCUACCACAUCCGCUGCGUCUUCUUCAGCCACAGCAACUACGACGACGGCGGCGGCGACGACAACGACAACAGCAGCUACUACAUCACCCUCAAGCUCAACGACUAAAGAGAAAUCAACUACAAAUAACACUUUUCGUGAUACACGUGCUGAAUUGGCACAAUUAUUGAAGAAGAAAGAAGAAAUUGAAAAAUCCUUAUCAGAUAUCGAAGAGCAAAUUUAUGCAUUCGAAACGAGUUAUCUUAAACAAACGCAAGAUACAGGAAACUGUAUUCGAGGAUGGAGCAAUUGUUUAACGAGUGGAAGUGGCAAUAAUAAUUCGAUCGAUAAAUCAUCGAAAUUUCGUGAAUCUGAUCGAUUGUUUUCGUAUUCAUCUGCGACAUCUUACACACUGCUCGGUCGCGAUCAUCUCAAACGUGAAAAAGAGAAAGAACGUCGCAAAAGUAUUCGUAAACACCGUGAAAUCAUGCAGGAAUUAUCUAGUAACAAGAAAAAUAGUAAUGUUUCGGAAAAUAACACUCAAUCGACUCAGCCAUUGAAUGACGACGGCGAUGAAGAUAUUGAAGAUGAAGACGAAAGUACAACAAGUAGUGAAAAGCCAACAUCUCGUACGAUGACAAACACAUCUACGUCGAGCAAACGACGCGCGAAAACCAAACGUCUGCAGUGCAAUCCUACCAGUGCAUUUGACAACACAAGAAAUUCUGAUUUCGAAAAAGACCAUAAAAUGCUAUCAUUUAUAUUGGCAGCAAUACUAUGUAUACCAUAUAUCAUUGAAUCCACAGAGAGCUGGUCGUAUCAAAAUCCGAAACUGUGGGCACGUAAAAAUCGUUACUGUGGUGGUCGUUCUCAAUCACCUAUCAACAUUCGUUUCAAUAGAUCUUCGUACAAUACUCGUCUCAAACCAAUUUCUUUAGAAGAACGUGAUCCGACAGUACCAGACGAAGUUUUCAAUACCGGUUUUACAGCUCAACUGAAUCUAAACGGUCGAUAUGUCCUAAAAAACGUUGUACCAGGAGGUGAAGAUUAUAUUGCUGAGCAAAUUCAUUUUCAUUGGGGACAUCCGAAUGAUAAUGUCAAUGGUUCGGAGCAUCUGUAUGAAGGGCAAUCUUAUCCUAUCGAGAUGCAUUUAGUUACAUAUUCAAGUUGGUAUUCAAAUAUUCUCGAUGCCAUGCACAAUACACGCGCUCUUGCCGUCAUCGGUGUUUUCUUCGAAAUCAGCGAUGAACCAAAUCCAUUACUUCAACCCUUGGUCAACGCUUUAAAACAUAUUCGAGGCCAAGACUCUCGAUUUACUUUGAAUAAUUCAAUCGAUGUCAAGACGCUGAUCGGCGAAAACCGUCUUCGUCGUUAUUAUCGUUAUGAUGGAUCAUUGACGACUCCACCUUGUUUUGAAUCCGUGGUUUGGACGGUUCUUUUGGAACCGCUGAAGUUAUCGUUUCAUCAAUUGCAUGGAUUUCGGUACUUACAUGAUAAGCAUGCUAAUCUCAUCCAGGAUACAUACAGACCAAUUCAAAAACUUGGUACGAGAAAAUUGUUUCGUAAUUUUCAUGUCGAAAAUUUUCAAGAACGUCGACAACAAUUGCGACGAAUGGAAAUGAUCGAGAACAGUGGCCAAAACGUGAAAAGUUACAUGAAAUUCAUUAAUAUCUUGCUAAGUUUCUUUAUGUUUAUCAUCUACUAA